ACUAUGGAUUUGAACGUGUACUUAAUUCGUUUAAAUAAAUUUUGGAUGUAAUUAUUAUUCUCUUUUUGAGGCUAAUCGAUGUUUUUUUAGAACUUCGAUAACCAAUAAUCGAGAAGUCGGUCGAUUUGUUAUGUUUAUCACUUCACCAAAAUUUGUGAGAGGUCGAAUUGAUUUGCGUGCGAGAAGUAUUUACAAACAAAAUAUAAUUUUUCGUAUUUAAAAUAAGUUAGUGUGCAUUAAAACUUAAGCGAUAAGAUAAGAAUAUAAUGGUUCUUGUCAACUUGGCCCGUAAUGCGCUCUGUGAAUGCAGUUGUUCAGUUGCAGUUCUUCUUGAUAAGCCCACAGCACAUAAACACACCAACCUCAGUUAAGUGUAAAUAACUUUUAUAUCUUACUUAACUAGUAAAUAAUUUGUAAACAUGGAUAAAGAGCCAAAAAUUAUGACACAUGCUUUACCCAAUAAACAAGCUAUUAACAAUCAAUCGAAUAUUGAGGGAAAUCUGAAAAAAGACGCGGAAUUUAUAUCAGAUGAAUAUGAGAAUGAUUCCAAUACUAACUCCAAUGCUGAUAAUGAAGAGUAUUACGAUUCAGUCUCUGAAAAUAGCUUUGAAUGUGAACCUGACGUGAACCAUUCAUUUCCAAUUUUACACAAAUUGGAUGCAAAAAAGAAAAUUUGUAUAAAAAGCGCCAACUAUAUUUAUGGCAAAUAUGUUCUGAGACAAUGUCCUAUGUGUGAUUCUGAGUUUAAUUCUGCUCAUUGUUGGAAGAAACAUAUUAAUUACAUACAUCAUUUAGCUACUCCGGAAGAUUUGCAAUUCAAAUACAACGAAGUAGGUGCAAAAUGUAAAAUUUGUGAUUUCCAAACGGCUACUCCAGAUUUUAAUAAAUUAUUAGAUCAUCAAAUCUCACAUAUGCCAUUUAGUCUGUUUUUAAAAUGUAAAUUAUGUGAUUGGAGAACUAAAACACAUCCAAGCAUGAAUUUUCAUUUGCGUCAAGUGCAUUCCGAUAAAUUGGAUAUGACAACAAAAAGCAUUGAGUUAACGGUAUGUCCAUAUUGUCAGCAAGAAUUCUCAUCACAAUGGUAUUUGCGAAAGCAUAUGUUUCAGGAACAUGAAAAGACUAUUGACGAGAGAACAUGUUUUAUUUGCUUGGAUUGUGGUGAAGAAUUUCCCACAAAUGUUAGUUUACGUGCGCAUGUAUUUGAAAAAUUUGCAGACAAGUCGGUGGAAGACCUGAGCUUCAAAGAGGUGAUUUCAGUUGGGGAAGAUAAUGAUAUUUCGUACAAGUGUACUCAAUGCCCGACCAUAUAUCGCAAAAGUACAUCGAGUCGGACAUUAACAAACUUACGCGAACAUUAUAUGUUGCAUUUAGGCGAACUUACUGGAAAACACGCAUACAAAUGUAAAUAUUGCGAUGAAAGUUUUCGUCGAUUUGACUAUAUGCGCUUACACAUUUGUGAGGAACUACGUAAAGCCUUGCAGAAUUGCGCCAAUUCACAUACUAUAUUAUGUGCGAAAGACCAUAGAAAUAAGUUGGCAAAAAAAAAUAAGCAACAAGAACCAAUCGAACUGAAGAGAGACUACAUGAAACACAUACGUCAUGUUUGUCUAAAAUGUGGAAAUUCAUAUGGCAAGUUGUUCCAUUGCAAACGGCAUAUGUAUAUAAAACAUGGCAUGAGCAAACCAUCGGGAUUGGAUUUUAAAAAGAUAGCAAAUCAAAAGGAUUCGGAAGUUUAUGAAUGUACGAUAUGCGAAGAGUUCACCUGCGAUUUGGAUUUAAAUACAAUGCUAGUGCACGCGCGUAUACAUACCGUUUAUGAUCCUUUACUUUGUAAAAUUUGCAAUACAUCUUUCGCAUACGAAACCGACAUACCAGGACAUGAUUGUAUGGAUGUGGAGGUUGUUGAAACUGUGAAAGAGUCAAGAUAUCCCAGAGAAAUUCCCAUACCCAAUAUGGAUACUUUCUGUCCUAAAUGCGAUCUAACAUAUACAACGCCUUCGUCCUUAACGAGACACAUGAAUAGAAUGCAUGGCAUGCAUGAACCUUACGGACUUGGCUUUGUAGUGUGCGAAACAAAUGGUAGCACUGAAGAUGUAUUUCGUUGCACCCAAUGUGAAAAUUUUAUUAUUAAUGAGAAAAAUUUGAAAGCUAUGUUGGAACAUGCGCGACUACAUUUGCCCUAUGAAAGUUUCAGGUGUGUCUUCUGUAAAGAGCGAUUUCGUUUUAAAGAGCAGGCGAGACAACAUCAAUGUUCAAAAAAUACAACGGAUGCGGUUAAUAAAGUGGAUAAAUACGAUCAAAAGAUUUUGAAGACGCGCUUAAAUAAAAUGGGUCGUUUAUGUCCUAAAUGUGGUAAAAAAUUUGCAAAACCAACAGUUUGUAAAGUGCAUACAACAAAUAUACACGGUUUAGAUAAGCCUGCUGGACUUGGCUUUGAAAAGCUCAGUGUUGAUAACAUAGAUAGUAAUCGGGAAACAUACCGUUGUAACGAAUGCUUGAACUUCGUUGUAGAAAAACUGGAUUUAAGUUUAAUGUCAGAACAUGCUAGAGAACAUUUUCCGUAUGAUAGUUUUUGGUGCAUGCUAUGUGACGAACAAUUUAAAUUCAAAUUGCUAGCUAUUAAGCAUAAAUGUCCGAAUGAUACAAGUAAAGUGGAAGAAAAUAAUGACGGCGAUUUUGAAAGCACAGCGCACACCAAAUAUCCCAAAACAUUUGAGAAGAUUAUAAAGAAAUUUUGUCCUGAAUGCAACUUUGAAGUGCCAACAAUGAAAGCUUGGCGUUGGCAUAUAAGUAAAUACCAUGAAAUGACAACACUUACCGGUUUACACAUGAAACAAGCCAAGGGAAAUUUAGUAGAGUGUUUAAUUUGUCAGGUAAAGACGACAUAUGUAAGACGUUUAGAUCAUCGAUUUGUACAUCUGCCAUUUAAGCCCUAUCAAUGCAGAUAUUGUUUGGAAUAUUUCAUCGAAGUUGAAAAGGCGAAAGCGCAUUGUGGUGAUUGUGCUGUUGCACCAACGGAAUUUGACGAAACGGAGAAAAUAAAAAAGCCGCAAGCAAAUAAGCGUACAUCUUCCAAAGGUAUGGAAACAAAAAUUGAUAGUAAGAGAGCCAAAAUACAAAAAAAACGCGAAACUAUCUCACAUGUAAAAGUAAACUCGUCCAGUGAACGAAUAGACUCCGAAAGUGAAAAUGAUAAUACAGACGCCAACAGAUGUAUUAGUGUUGUACUUACAGAUGAUAAUGACUUCGCAAAGUUCAUACGUAUAAGCUGUCCAUUAUGCCCGGAUACAGAAUUCGAAUCGAAUCUAAUGCUGACGCGCCACUUCAACGAAGCUCAUAACAACUUUCGCGAACACUUCACAAUUCAUCAAACAAAUGCUGCGAAUUGUAAAACAUGCAACAAGUAUUUUAAUAUCGUAUACAAAAAAACCAUGAUCAAGCACUAUUUAAGUGAAAUUAAUGCUACAUGUUUCUGUUGCCGUCUAUGUGAUAAAAAUAUACUAUAUUUUGAAACAAUGCGUUCACAUCUGUUGGACGAUCAUCAGGCUGUGAUUGCCGGUCAGCAAACACAUGAGAAUAACAACACAACCGCAGAAACUGGUGAGGAGGUCGAUCCUUUGAAAGUAACCGCUGUGGAUAUAUCGAAAGUGUCGCGUACAACAAUGGCAAUACCGAGCGUUAAAACUGCGGUAUUUAAUGAAUUUAAUGCCUACAUUUCAUAUGCAUGUCCCGAAUGCAAUGAGCCCUUCGACACAUCCGAACAAUGGCAUUUACACAUAAACGGUGCACAUAGUUUCUUCGAACAACAUCAGCUGAAUAUUGAAGCCACAUCGGAUGGUUUUAAACGUUGCAAACAGUGUAGUGUUAAUAUAAGUGGCGGCAUCCUGGCCGAACAAAGACACAAGCUAACACAUAUGCAAUACAAAUCGUUCAUUUGUAUUCUCUGUCAACAUCGUUCGACCACGUUAGGUGUGCUCACACAACAUUUUCGCCGCCGUCACUUUGCCAAGGGCACGUUUAAGUGUGUUUUAUGUACAAGUGUGCUAAGUACUUCUUGUGAACAAAUCGAACAUAUGAAGAAUGAGCAUGAUCCCAGUGAAUAUCCAUCGAAAUUAUGUCGCGUCUGCUUCAGCAUGUUCAGUUCGAUUAACUCGCUGAACACACAUAUGGAUUUGCAUAAUCCCAAUCGAAAAGUGUUUCAGUGCGACUAUUGUGACCGUUAUUAUAAGUAUAAGAGGGAAUUGGGUUUACACGUGCGUGCUAAACACCCCGAACAAGAAGCCAAAGCCAGUGAAGGAGAUAACUAAACAAUUAUUUUUAUUUACUUAGAAAAUUAAUUAAAGGUAAUGAUAAUGGUAAACUUAUUUUAAACAUAAAAUUUUUUAGAUUGUCUAUUGCUAUCAGUCAAAUCAAGAGAACAAAGUGUAUUGAGAUAAAUGUACUAUAUUAUGUAUAUAAUGAAUAUAUAUAUAUAUGAWAUAAUGUGCAAUGAAUUGGGCGCUGUGAGUUAUGAUAAUGACUUUUCAUUGAGUUAUCGACGGUUCCACUAACUGUUGUGCUUUUGUUGCUGCUACAACAAAAAUAAUUAUAUCAAACAAUGAAUACAACAAAAAAUACUUUCUAAUACUCUAUAUAAUUUUAACUAUUUUUUAGUGUUUCUUGGUUUAGCAAACAUGGUUUAAAAAAUUACAAAAAAAAAAAAAAAUAAUAAUAGUAGCAGAAAUGAAAUUAAGCUCAAAUGAAACGUCAUAUGGAGAUUUCUGYAAAAUGUUAAAAGAUUUACAUAUAUUUUUAGAGAAUCGCAAUUAGUUACAAUUAUUAAAAUAUUGUGUCACGCAGCUAGAGGUUACAUGCAUUUUGUUACUUAUAUAUGUAUGACAUAAAAUAUUUAUUUAU